CCAGAUCAUCGAAUUAUCGAUUAUCCCUUGCUUGCUUCAUAUCAUCAUCAAUCUAUAGCUAAGCUGCCGAGGAGCAUAGAUCGCGCAAACCACUCAUUACGAUUCUAAAUCGCUUGUCAUCUAACCUUAGCCAAGUAUUCAAGCCUAUCAUAUUCCUUGCUCGUUCACUCCGGCCGGCAUGACUCAAACGCCGAUUGAAUCCUUUGUCAGUGUCGCCGACUCAUUCCCUCCUCCGUCGCUGUCCUUUGGUCCCCAUGCCAGCAGAUUCGUCCCAUAACCCACAAGCCCGGAGAAAUUCCAGAAAGCAUGCCAGUGAAGAUGACAUAGAUGUUCGUAGAGCUAGGGGGGAGGUUUCCUGUGCGGAAUGUCGACGGUACUUCUGUUUUUCGCUGCCGAACAUACUCCUACUGAAGGGGUCGAUAGACUCAAGCUGAAAUGUGACAAAAAGCUUCCCUGCAGCAGCUGUGUCCGGCGAGGUGUACAUAGUAUAUGCCCGAAUGGCAAAAUGGCGGCUGGCCAAGGCACUCGUUUUGUGCUAGCCGAUACUUCUCAGUUACAUACUAAGAUUACCGAAAUGGGUCAGCGGAUUCGUCAACUAGAAGACGCUCUUGCGAUAUCUCACUCCGGAAUAUCUAAUGAACCGCAUCCUCUACUUCGUGAUGAGCUUCUAUCCAUUAAAUUUGGUCCUGAGAAUGGCACCACAUCUCGAGCACCUCCCUCUCGCGAUCCGUCUGUAGAAUCCAUUGAUGCUUUCGGGACGCUCACUAUCUUUGAUAGAGACCUGUCAAAAUACUUUGGUCGCUCAGCAGGAUCAGAGACAUUACUGCUGGCAGGUGCCGAAAUGGAACCCAGCUGGAUUCCUGACGACGACCAAUCAUCUUCAUCCAUGUUGACUCAAGAUAUCUUGCGACUUUCUAAUCUUUUUCCGAUGUGUGCAGAAGCAAACAGCGAAAAAACAAUGGACAUACUCUUUUCCCAUCUUCCUGAGCAACCUCGAGCAUGGGCACUUUGUGAAACUUAUUUGGAGCAAGGAGCAUGGCAAUUCCAGCCAAUUCGACGCGAUGAACUUAUUGAUGACAUACUCGUACCUAUAUAUCGAUCCCGAAAAGAAAGAGCUUCCUCUGACUCGAAUCAACCCCAUGUCAUAUCUCCCCACCGGUUGGCUUCUCUAUAUAUCGUCUUCGCUAUAGGCGCCUUGGUUGAUCUUACUUUGGAUCCAUACAGCUCUGAAGCUGAAAGUUUUGCUUUGCUAUGUCGCGCAGCAAUAUCCCUGCGUUCCGUUUUUGACUCUCCUGAAAUCUGUACAGUGCAAACAAUUGCUCUGUUAGCCCAUUAUCAAACAUUUGCCGGAAAAAGGUAUACGCUCGAUGCUGCGUGGACUGUCAUGUCUCUAGCUGCAAAACUUGCUCAAAGCAUUGGUCUUCAUCGCGAUGGUUCUCGAUGGGACUUUGAUGCUAAGACUGUUGACCGACGAAGGUCUUUGUUUUAUGAACUUUUUUGCUCGGAACAGUUUCAUAGUCUAGCAAUAGGUCGUCCUCCAGCUUUACGGCCGUCUUAUGUUGACUGUGAAUUUCCCACUGACGAUGUACCUAUGAUGGACGAAGAAGGAAAACUACAAAUGGGAUAUUUUCAAUGGAAGUAUGAAUUCUGCAGGGACAUAUUAGCUCAAGUCCUCGAACUCACCCUGACCGCUGAUAUACCAAGCUAUCAAACCAUACUUGAUUUGGAUCGUAAAGUACGGGAAAAGACUCUUCCUGCUCACCUCAAUGUCUUCAUGAGCGCGGAAGACGAACACUGUACACCGGCGGCAUACAUGCGUCGUUGCAAUUUGGGGCAAUAUCGAUCGGUCACACUUUUAUUCCUCCAUCGUAGUUUCUUUGCUCAGGCGAUGCUUGAUCAUCCCGUGAACCCUCUGCGUAGUCCAUAUGCACCCUCGUUCCUUGCAGCGUACCGGUGUGCAUCGGGAGUGAUCAAGUCCUCUCUAAAUCAUUAUGACAGAUUUCCGGACUUGUGCCGCCGCUGGUGGAAUGUAGGGUCCCAACUAUUUUCUGCGGCAAUCAUCGUCGGGUCCAUUGUGACGCGCUCUCCGUCAUCUGCGAUGGCUCCAAAUGCUUUUAUAGAGCUAGGACUGGCUUGUGAUUUGUUCGAGAAAUGUAACUCUGAUUCUCGUCGUUCCCGUAGUGGUCUAGCAAUUCUCAACAGAUUACGAGACAAAGCUUUCCAGAUAUUCUCACAACUUCGGAGUGGUACCUCGCCAAUUCCCAGUUCGCUGUCUGUUGGCCGCGAUUAUGGGGACGAUGAACUCGCUCUCUUCGGUGGCCAAACAAGAGUAUUAUUCAGCAAACUCUUGUUGCUUCAACGCAGCAAGCAGAAGAAUCAAACUGAAUCUUUUGUAAAUACUCCCAUCUCAACGUCAGAUUCUGACUCGCCUGCCCCAAGCGAUGCUACCGAUUCCAAAGAUAACUCUCCUGAAACCCUACCCGACGUGCAUCCUUCCCUUGUUGAAUACAUCUCUUUGCUCCCCCCUUCCCAACAUCCACGGUCUCCGCCCCCUGAAUCAGCAAUGGAACAGUUCUACACAAACCCAUUUGCGCAGACGAGCUUCCCAAAUUCUCAAAUGCAAAAUCUCUUGAUAUCUCUCCCCGAUGUACCUUCCCAAGUUUCCAAUGAACAAAGUUUUCCGCGAUUUUUUUCUGAUUUGGGAGACUUUUCAAUGGGAACAUUUACUGCAGAGCCAACUGUGAUGAAUGGCACCGCGAAUGCUGGCGAUCUUAUGAACUUGGAUCUCAUGAUGACGGACUCUGGUAUCGAUCAACAGUGGAGGUCGUUUAUGAGAGAUUCGGGACUCUUAGACCAGGGGCCGAGUUCUUAAUAUUCGGAUUAAAAUAGAUUUUUUGUAGCCAAGAUGUUGCUUGUACUUCUGCCGCACUUGUAUCAAUACCUUUAUACUUAAACAUCAGAUAAUUCUGUUCCUUU